AUGAAUAUUCGAGAAAGCGAGAUGCAAACCAAUGUCCAGAUUGAAUACAAUGGACGUAUUUCGCUGUUCCGUGCCCUAAUGACUGAUGUCACCUGCGACCUUCGGCUUGAGAGAUUUCCGUACGAUCAACAAAUUUGUUACGUUUUAUUGGCGUCAUGGUCCUAUGAUGGCUCACAAAUAAUGCUUUAUACAGCUGAGGAGCCUACCGCCGAGCCGAGUACGAAUAGGACCAAUCUGGCAGCUCUGAAUCACUAUAUUCCCAACAUGGAAUGGAAACUCAUUGACUUCAAAUACAGGAGUAACUUGAAAUAUUAUGACUGCUGUCCCAACCCAUAUCCGGACAUAUCGUAUUUUUUCGCCAUUAAACGCAAUCCGUCAUACUACCUCUUCACUCUGAUCAUCCCGUCCGCGUUCAUCACUAUCGUUACCGUAAUCGGUUUCUUCACACCUCAUUCGUCGACUGGUGAAAAUACUGAAAAGGUUAGUGAAGGCAAAUUCAUUUACAUAACAUCACCCGCUGAAAGUCAGCUUGGGAGUGACUGCUCUGUUGUCUCUGGCUAUAAUACUGAUGAUGGUCUCCGAUAA